AUUGUUGACGAUAUCGCCAUCUUUGGCACAUUUCCUGCCAGAACCACCCCGGACAGCAGACAGUCAUGGCGUUCCAGCGCUCUGUCGAGGCGACGCCGCUCUCGUCGCACACGUACAGCGUCAGCCUCGACGCCGAGUGGUGCAUUGGCUCUGUGCCCAACGGCGGCUACGUGACCUCGACCAUCAUCUCGGCCGUCAACAAGCACUUUGCCACGACCCUCGCCCGCCUCGGCCAGCCCGACACCAUGUCGAUGCAGCUGCAGUUCCUGCGCCGCACCCACGCCGGCGCCGGCGUCGUCACCGUCGCCGACGUCAAGCUCGGCAGCGGCAUCUCGGUCGUCCACGCCACCCUCUCGCAAGACGGCCGCGACGAGGUCCAGGGCUACGUCACGCACAUGAACUUUUCCAAGGAGGCCGGCCUCUCCAUCCCCACGGAACCACACUGCGGGCUCCUUCCGGCGCCAAAACCAAUCGACUUCUCAGCCAUCGACGCGUCCGGCAGAGACGCACACUGGCACACCCAGCGCGAAGCGGCCAUCACCAAGUUCCGCAAGGGCAUGCAGCACCUCGUCUUCGUCAAGCCCAACGUCGUCCAGGACGCCGGGUUCGCCGGGUUCGCCGACCAGUGGGUCCGCUUCCGCCCGGGUGGCCAGGGGAGCCCCACGGUGCCCUUUGUCCAGGAGGCGAUCGGGUACGUGGUUGACAUGUUCCCGCUCGCGUUUCGCGAGUCGCCCCACAUGAGCCAGGAGGAGAAGAUGGCGCCUCGGUGGUACCCGACGGUCCUGUUGAAUUUGGACAUCAAGCGCAGGAUACCGGACGGAACAGAAUGGCUGUACGUCCGGGCCACGACGGUCGAGGUGCACAACGGCAGGUUUGAUAUCCAGGUUGUCGUGCUGGAUCAGGCGGGCAGUCUGAUAGCGUUGAGUAAUCACGUCACGUUGGUCCUGGGAGCCGAGAGGAACUUGGCGGCGAGGAAGAAGCCCUCGGAGGCGGGGAAGCUUUGAUUCUGGCCCGCAUUAGAGUGCUAGCUUCAUAUGGCUAUGCGCCAAAGGUGACAUAUUGAACGCAAGGGACGGCUGUGCCGUCGUGAACAUAGAGAGUGUAUAGAGUAAAGAUAGAAGCUCAACAUGCAUGCUAUUAUUCUG